AGGCCAGCAGCUCUACUUCAUUCUGCUGUGUCGUUUUGCUUGGGGGUGGUCUAGGAUGCGGUGUCCGGUACAGCGUUUUGAAUAAUUGGGGAUUUUUUUUUUUUGUCGCGGUUUCUCAUAAAACUUGGUCAGUAAACGAGUAAGAUGCAGAUCCUGACGCCACAUGUGUACUGGGCUCAGCGUCACCGAGAGAUUUAUCUGCGGGUGGAGCUGAGCGAUGCCAAGAAUCUAGACAUCAGCCUGCAGGAAAACACCCUUCAGUUCAAAGCACAGGGCCAUGGAGCAAAAGGAGAUAAUGAAUAUGAGUUCAGUUUGGAGUUCCUGGAGCCUGUGAGACCUGAGGUAAGCCAUAAAUCCACCCAGCGUCAGGUGGACAUUAAAAUAAGGAAGCAGGAGGAGCGUUGGUGGGACAGGCUGACGCUGCAGGAGAAGAAGCCGCUAUUUCUGGCUCCUGACUUUGACCGCUGGCUGGACGAGUCUGACGCCGAAAUGGAGCUUCAGGCGAAGGAGGAGAAGAUAAACAGAAUAAGUGUCGAAUCGAGGGUUCGUAAAGACCCCUACCUGGGUCUGAAGAAGGGCUACUUAUUUAUGUACAACCUGGUGCAGUUCCUGGGAUUCUCCUGGAUCUUUGUCAACAUGACUGUUCGGCUUUUCAUACUGGGUCAAGACUCGUUCUAUGACACUUUCCACACCGUGGCUGAUAUGAUGUAUUUUUGCCAGAUGAUGGCUGUGGUCGAGGUCAUUAACCCCUUGUUGGGUCUGGUUAAGACAGGGUUUUUUCCAGCUAUGAUACAGGUGGCAGGGAGGAACGUCAUUCUCUUUGUUAUCUUUGGCAGCCUGGAGGAGAUGCAGAACAGGCCUGUUGUCUUCUUUGUGUUCUACCUUUGGAGCACUAUCGAGAUCUUCAGGUACCCAUUCUACAUGCUGGCAUGCAUUGACACGGAGUGGAAACUGUUAACUUGGCUGAGGUACAGCAUCUGGAUCCCUCUGUACCCUCUGGGGGUUGUAGCUGAAGCGGUUGCCGUGAUCCAGUCCCUUCCCAUCUUUGACGAGACUCGUCUGUACAGCCUCCCCCUGCCCGCAGCCCUGGGCGGGUCUUUGAGCUUCUCCUACACUCUGCAGCUCUACCUGGUCCUCAUGUUCCUGGGCCUCUUCAUCAAUUUCCGACACCUGUACAAGCAGAGGAAGAGACGAUUCCGCUCGAGGAAAAGGAAAGUCAACUAAAGGAUGGGCCCAUUCAUUCUGGACACACUCUGAACUCCUGUCGACUUAAAGAUAAAAUCCCUCUUUCUUUUUCCUGUUCCUGCUGGCUGCCUUCUCUCCUCUCCCCACACACACACUCCCUCUGUCAGACUCACCAGAAGGUGGAGCACUGCUCCCCUCAUUCCUCCUCUAGGUGAACUGUUGGCCGCUUAAAGGCCAAAUCCUGUAAAUCCUACCAGCUAGGUACUCACUGGAGCGUGGACCUCACUUGACAAGACUGUGUUGGUUGAUCCAGUGCUUUACCAACAUGAACUGCAGUGAUUACCUAUUAUAUUUAUUAAGCAUUUCAGACUGGAGGUGUCAAUCUACAGUCAGUAUGUAAGGCCUUUGUACACACUUGAACAGAGUAUAAUUUUUGUUUGUUUUUUAACCUUUCAGGGACUGAACACAUCAGUUGUUCAGGGAAAACUGUACAGUACUCAUGAUCAAACUAUACACCCACAUUUUCAAAAUAAGAGUUGAUCAGUAGAUGUUUUUCACACAUAUUUCCAAAUAUUUAGGAGCAAUGUACAAAAGCAAGACCUUGUUUGUUCAAAAUAAAAUAUUAUGACAACCAGCAUGAAUUUGAUAGUUUCAAGGAUUCAAAACAACUCACAAAAAGUUUGGAAAAGUUUGGGCUCAAAUGUGUACAAGGCCUACGUCUCAUUUGGCACCUGCCAUGACCCUUAAAACUAUUUUGAAACCAUCUCACAAGCUUCAGGCACUCCGGCCCCAGUUUGCAUGAAAACACCAUGGCUUCAGGCCAUAAUUGUUAGUUUGUAUUUAUAAUUUUGUUGCUUUCAUAAGUGCACUGCUAACAUUGAGCCUUGCAUGACACAAAGUCAUCUCCUCUGUUGAACAUUGUAAAAGCCAUACAAAAUAAUGAUGUAGGGAAUAUUUUUUAAUCCUUGUUGUCCUGACAGAACACAUUCCUUAAUAUGGGCUUACACAUUGAUUCUACUGAUAACCUACAGCACAUGUAAACAUAUACCUCAUGACUAUAAAUAUGUUUUUAUUUGUAGUGUUUUUUUUUUUUUUUACUGUAACUUGAUUCUUAUUUAAAGCUGCAAUAGGCAGCACUGAAGGAAACUUUGCAUGUUGAAGACUCCAAAUGGCAGUGAGAGGUAACUGAGAAAUUUAAAUUUCAGUACCCAGAGAUCCGUUAAAGUAAUAUAAGUGAUUUGCCACUUCCUGCAAAAAAAAAAAGAAAAAAAAAGAAAAAGAAAAAAGAAAAAGACUAUACUUGUAACCAUAAUUUCAUUUGGGCAAAUGGGGCAAAUCUGCAUCAUCUCAAAUUGGAUUAGGGAUUGGAUGCUCCUCUUUCCAGAAAUAUUUCGGACUAUAGUUACUAUAGACUAUAGUUACCCAUGGCUAGCUGCUUCCUGUUACUUUCACAUGAGUCACACCUGUUUUAUUCAAUAUUCAACAACAUUCAUUUAAUACUGAAGAACAAAAAGUUUGUAGAACUUGAUCAAAACUGGAUAUUAUUUAAACAAAAAAGUAGUGUCAAUUUCUGAUUUAUCCAUAUUGAAUGCAUGCAAAUGUUAGAUGUCAUGGACUCUUUGCCUCUCAUUUUUGCCUCUGACUGUAUGUGAUUCCUUAAAUUGAGUGAUAUGAUUUUCAGUUUGUCAAGUCAAGUGACUUUAUGUAUUUAGCAUAUUUAAAUACGAUGAAGUGUUGCCCAAAGAGCAACAACAAUGACAGAUAAAACAUUAGACAGAAAAAUUAAGACAAGUUAAGACAAAUUAGUGCAUUAAAAUUAGAGCAGAAUGCACCACAACAAAGAAUGAAGACACUGGAACAAAAUAAAACAGGAUACCAAUAAGUUUAUCCAUAAAAGUUGAAGUAGAAACAAAACCAGUGAUUAAAUUAAAUUUGAUUAGGCCAUUGGAGCAGAAUUUGAUUUUGCCAUUGUUCUUUCCAUAUUCACCACUGAGCCUACACAUGUGUUGACGUUUGCUUUGUUUAUUUGCUCAUUGAUUGUUUUUUUUGGAACAAGAGGUGUGUCUCUUGGGAAGCAUGCAUCUGUAGUGGGCACACGGCUUAACUUAAUCCCUCCUGCACCCCCUUGUGCUGCCAUCCACUCUGUUAAAGUGUCUCUUCUCCUCUGAGUGUCAGUGUCUUUGUCCAUCUGCACAGUCCUAACAGCACACACCAUCCCUGACGGUUUCCUCGACUGGUUGAUCUUACCAUCAUUCAUGUUUCAAAGCAUUACAAUUUUUUUUUUUUUUUUACUGCACUGUACCAUCCUCUGGUCAAUUAUAUUUCCAGUGUCUACUCAGUCAAAUAGAUAAAACAGUGUAAUGUCCUGACAUUGUUAAUAUACUGUAUGUGCAGCAAAUUUAUACUUUCACAUAAGACCCUAUUAUUAGAAUUCAAAGAUGUUUGAUGAUCAAUACACUAUUGAAAGAAGUCUUUGAAGAAUUCAAACUUUAAAACAAACUUCAGGAAAUGGAAGUUGAAGUAUUAUAUUGUGAUGACGUCUUUGUAUUCCUUCAGAAAUUACAUAUUUAAAUCUACUUAAUUUAUUUGCAAAUUAAUAACUUUUUAUCAGUUGUGAGCUGUUGCUUACUAAGAAACUAAUCUCUUAAAAAUGAAGAACAUGGGCCUUUUAAACUCAGCAUGCUGAACGUUUCAUUCAGAUGGUACUCCUGGGACUCACUGUGCUGGUACAAUAAAAGCACAGAGCUUCAAAAUGGAGGACAGUCAUUCCCAUUUAAAUCAACUCAGGAUGGUCAGAGCAGCCACCAUUUUUGUAUCAUUGCUACUGCUGAUACCCAGUAGAGCUUGCACAGAAGGUUCUGGAAGCCAAAUUCCCCCUCAUAUUUGCCAUUCACACGAGUAUCAGCUAUGAUGUUGUUAUACAAUAGUAUCUGCUCCAGAAGCCAUUAGUUAUUCUG